AUGGAUCCGCUGAAGGCCCAGCCUUUGGGGCCCAUUCUGCCAGAGCUGUCCCGGAGGCUGCUGCUGCCAUCGGCUUUACUGCUGACUGCGAAUCUGUUGAAUUCUAUGAGCAUGUUAUGCUCCGGGGUGACGUUAACCUACGUGGUGAAGAGUCUGAUCCCCUUUUUCACCGUGAUGUGUUGUCGAAUCCGAGGCCAACGCUUCGAGGUGCCGAUCUAUAUAUCGCUGCUGCCAGUUUGCAUGGGCGUUUCCAUUGCUAGUGCCACUGAUGUGGAGUGCAGUUUGCUUGGUUUGCUGUGUGCGCUAGGCUCUUCUAUGGCACAGACUCUGCUGAACAUUUUUUCCAAGGAUCGGAUCCAGGAAUUGAAGCUCUCCGGGAUGGAGGCAUUCACGGUGAUGGCCACCGUGUGCACUGGGUUGUCGCUUCCCUUGCUGGCUGUGUCAUACGCGAAGGAUGACGGCAGUGGAGUCGUGACGACGUGUCUAAGUCUCUCGCAAGAGGACCCAUGCCCAACCUCAAUGAAGGUGGUUGCUAUGGCAGCCCUGGCUUACCACGUCGAAUACACCUUCAAUUUUCUUUUCGUAGCACUGUGCAAUCCCCUGGCCUUCAGUGUCACUGACAUCCUUCGCCGUUUGGGCACCAUUUGCUGUGGCGCCUUGCUCUUCAGCAAGCCUAUGACAUUUCUGAAUGGCCUGGGGGUGGUCAUUUCGCUCCUGGGUGUAAUCUCUUAUACCGUGGUGUCCAGGCGAAUAUCUCAGCGCAACAGGGACCAGGAAUGGACGGAUCAGUACAAGGCCUUGAAGGAGGAUGACUUUGAAGAGGUCCUGGAGGAUCUUGGGCCUAGCAGGCGUGGCAGCAAAGACAUCUCCGCGUGGGAGCUCGCUAUCGACAGUUCCAUGGGCAUCGCACCGGAGGUUUUGUGCCCCAUCACCGUGUGGACGCCGCCGCAGAGGAAACGCUUUGGCCGCUACAUGAGCGACACGGGCUUGCCUGGAAGCCCAGAGUUACUGAGAAGGCAAGAGCACGUUGCCUCAGCGUUCACUCCUUGGGUGCGGUGCCGCUACCAAUCCGAGUCGACGCAGGCAGAACUGAUGCCAGUCCCGGCGCAGGCAGAACUGAUGCCAGUCCGUCAGCGGUCUCUCUAA